UACUACUAUUACUACGACUACUACUAGUACUACAUGUUUAUAUACAUGUGUAUAUGUAUGUGUACAUCAAUACAUAUGGUUAAAUACAAAACAUAUAUGUAUCCAUGACUCACAAACAGAUUUUAGAUGCUUCUAUCUGAUUCUUUUCUUUUUCCUUGUUUUUGUUGUUUUGGUUAAUCUACUUGUAUUUCAUUAAAUCUUUCUGAUCCAUCACUAAUUUCACUAUCUAUACACUUUUGUAAAAAAAAAUGAUUUUGAUUAAGAUAUGAAACAAAAAUUGUUCAUCAGUUCUGGGAGAGAAAAAAAAACCCCACGAAGUACUAGUACACAUUGAUUUAAAGACAGAUAAAGAAAGUCUUAAUUGACAAGACUAUAUGUUAUUGUAUAAUACAAAUUGAAAGGAUCUCUUUAAUUACAAUUACUGUGAUUGUUAUAUCAAAUACAUAUGUAUAUAUAUCUUGAAUAAUUUGUGGAUUCAUGUCAAUAUAAUCUCCAUUGAAGUGUCGAAGAGUGAUUAUCUAUAUCUAUAUCUGUAUAUAUAUAUACAUAAAACUUACAUUUAAUACAACAAGAAAUUAUGCACGAUGAGGUCAGUGAAACAGAAAAUAUACGCAAAAAUUUGGCUAUUGAACGUAUGAUUGUAGAUGGAUGUGAUUUAUUGCUUGAUGUCAAUCAAGUAUUUGUACGUCAAGGUACAUUAAUUCAAGUUAUGUGUGACAAAUUACGUUCCUCUCGUUCAAGAUUAGGAAAUUUUGGAUCAUCUUAUCGUGAAAGAAAAGAAGCUGUACGUCAAGUAUUUUUAUUCACUAAUCAUUUAUUGAUUACUGCUCGUACUAAUAAUGGUAAAUUAAGAUUAGUCAAGAACUGUGGUAAAAUCUCAUUGGUUGAAUGUACUUUAGUUGAAGAUACCACAACAGAAUUAUUCAAUGUGGAUGAUGAAGAUCAAUUGAAUGUUACAAAUGAACAAAAAUGUCAACAAGACAAUACAACACACAUGACAAAAAACAAUACAACACCAAUAAAUGUAAAUACUAAUGUUGAAUUAAAUACGCGUAAUUCUAUUCCAGUGAGUACACUUGGUACCACUUCUACUAUUAAUACUACUACAACGAGUAAUAGUAUUAGUAAUACUACAUAUGAAUUAGGUCAACAACUUCCACAGAAUUUAAAUAAACGUUACAUAUGUCCAGAUUCAACACUUAAUCGAUAUACCCAUGUAAAUAAAUCAAAUCAAAUGGAUUCAAUAUCAAAGUCUACAACAAUAACAGGAACGGUACAACAACAAUCGAUUCCAUGUCUCUCUCCACAACAUAGACAUUCUACCUCAUUAUGCAUAGGAACUAAUAUUAGUAAUAAUGAGAAUGAAUUACAUGAUGUAGUGACAAACUGUUGUAUUACACCAAUAUGUAGUACGGAUAGUUAUUCUCCUAGUAGUAAUACAAUCGAUGAAGCUCGUGCAGUUUUAGUUACUACUGUUACUACAAUGACAACUGCUAAUAUUAUUACUACCACUACAAUGACACCAACAAUGAACUCUACAAAUACUUCUUCUUCCUCUAUUCUACAUGGCCGUAAUAAUUCCAAUGUAUCAUAUUCAACAAUAACUUCACCAAUAAUCACGACAAUAAUAACACCAGAUAUAAAUAUUACGAAUACUAGUCCAUUAUUAACAUCAUCAUCAUCAUCAUGUAUUCAACCGACAAGUCCAUUAUCAUUUUCAAUGUUACAUAGAUUAAGUAGUAACAUGGGUUUAUUUAAUUCAAUUAACAAUAACAACAAUAAUAAUACAUGUAUUAAUGACAAAACAGAUUAUGGUAAUUUAGAUUUUCGUUUAAUAUGGGAACCAAAAAAUGGUCAACCAACAAGUAUAUGGCUUGUUGCAUCAACAUUACAAGAGAAAGCUGCAUGGUGUUCUGAUAUUAGUCAAUGUAUUGAACAAUUGCAUUAUGGAGAUAUUUUAAAUUCAGCUCAAUCGGAUGUUUCUUCUGUAGCAAUGCCUCAAUCUAUUCGAUCGGAUCCAAAAUUGUUUAAAGAUGAUGUAGAUAUUAAAUUUAGUCAUACAUUGAAUUCAUGUAAAGUACCACAGAUUCGUUAUGCAACAGUUAGUCGUUUACUUGAUCGACUAACUGAUGCCAGAUUCUUAUCCAUAGACUUUUUGAAUACUUUUCUACUUACCUACCGUGUAUUUACCACUGGUCUGUCAGUGAUAUGGGCAUUAAAUCAAGUUCUAGCAAAUCCAGAUAUAGAAAAUGGUGGAAAUGCACCACAUUCUAAUCAAAAUCAAUCAUUUACCUACUCUCAUUUUGAUAAUCCUGAACAACGUGAUCGAUUAUAUACAGCUAGACCAUCAGAAAUUUCAUUGAAUAUAAAUCGUUUACCUGUUUUAGAAGAAACUGUACAUAGUAACACUGAUGAUAUAUCAUCAAGUUCAAAUUCUAUUACACAAAUAGAAAAUCAAUUAGAAACUAAUAAUACUACUAAUAAUAAUAGUAAUAUAAUCAAUAGUAUAUCAAAUCAAUUAAUGACAAAUUUAUCAUUAAACAAACAAGAUUCAUUGAUGAACAAUGACAUUUCAAUCACUUCAUCUCCAUUACCAACAACAGUUCACGGUACUACUGCUACUACCACUACUACUACUACUACUACUACUACUACUACUACUAAUAAUAAUAAUAAUAAUAAUAAUAAUAAUAAUAAUAAUAAUAAUAAUAAUAAUAAUAAUAAUAAUAAUAAUAAUGUAUCAAUGAAAUUACAUAAAAAAUCAAUUCCUCGUCCAUUAUCUACAUCAGAAACAGUUAAAUAUUGUUCACCUUCUAUAACAAUAUCAAAUAUAAUGAGUCGAUCAGCAAUUAAUGAUAAUCAUAGUUCAUCAUUAUUAUUUGAUAAACAAUCUAAUAAACAUUUAAUGAAUAAAAGUUUUCAAUCAUCUACAAUUGUAACUAUUCCAAUUCAAACAACAUCUACAACGAUGUUAAUUCCACGUUCACCUAUUUAUAGUAAAUUUGUUGAUUUAAGAGAUGAUCCACCAUUAGAAUUACCUAUUUUACCAGAUAUAAAAACAACGGAGAAAAAACAGAAACAAACUGAAUUCAAACCAAAAUUAGACAAUAUCAUCUCAUCUAAUUUAUCUUCAAUUGAACAAAAUGAAUCCAUGAAUAAUGUCAAAGAGCAUACACGUUUAGCUCCAUUAGCAUCAUGUGAAGUAAUACCAGAUGAAUCGGAGACAAUCAAUUUUAAACAAGAAUCAUUUAAUAAUAAACAAUUAUCUGUAUCUAUGACCAACAAUGUAAAUAAUAUCAAUAAUAUAGACAAUCAAUAUCAAUCUAAUCCCGGUGUAACGAAUUCCCUCAAUCCUAAUUUACAUAAUCUAACAUGUAAUCAUUUAGAUAAUCAAUUGGAUCAAUGUAAAAAUGUGUUCAAUCAAGAAAAACAUUUCAAAUUGGAUCAUGUUGAAAUAACAAAACAAGAAGGAAUUAAAACAGAAGAACAAUACAAGCAUAAUUUAUUAGCAGAUAUAUCAAAAUCAGAUGUGGCCAUAUCCAUUUCAUAUGAAAAUCAGCCAACUGAACAUUUUAAAUAUCCACCAACUGGAGAAAUUGAUUCUAAGAAUGUGACAAAGACAAAUGAGGAACGUUUAGAUCAAUUAACGAUGUUGACUAGUCAGCAACAAUUGAGUUUUCUUCAUUGGCCAUCUAAUAAUCUUAUUCAUAGCAGCAGCAGCAGCAAUAAUAAUAAUAAUAGUCAGUAUUCAAAACUAACAAAAUCUCCAUCAUCACUUAAUUAUUCAAAUGAUAAUAAUCGAUUAUUAGAGAGUUAUUUAAAUCAAACUAUUGGUUCAUCAUUAUUAGCAACAGAAACCAAUACAGAUCGGAUACAAUCACGAAGAAGUUUUGAUAAAGUUACUGAAGAUAAUAUACAACAACAACAACAACAACAACAACAAAUACCAUUGGAAUGUCAAAAACAAUCAAAAGAUACUACUGAAUUAUCAAAUCAUACUUCAAUUAAACAAUCAACAAUUAUGUUAAAAUCAUCAUCAUUAACAAUCAAUAAUACAACUAAAUAUUAUCCAGUUGCUGAAAGUUUAGAUUUAGCUACACGUUUAACAAUUUUAAAAAAAUCCCCUAAAUCAUUUACAGCAUGUCAAUCAUUAGCAAAACAUACAAUGAUUGCAGCAUUAAAUUGUUCUGGUGCAUUUGUACAUUUAAAACCAACAUCAAUAAUACAAUAUCCAAUUCAUCAAUCAUCAAAUGAUGAGAAUGAUAAUAAUAAUCAUAAUCAUAAUCAUACUCAAUUAAAAUAUUUAGAUAAUUAUUUACAAUGUAAAAAUAUAAUGAUUCGAUCAUCUCCAUCAAGUCCAAAUAAGUAUUCAACAGGGAUUUGUUCAGAUAUUAAAAAUGCAAAACAAUGUGUGAAUAUACGUGGUACCUCACAAGAAAGCGAGAACACGGAUAUAGAUUCAUUCAAAACUGUCAAACAUGUUUCUACGAAAUCCACUGAUGUUUUAGAAACUUCAACAAACAUUAAACAGUCAAUUCAAAGUCAUAACAAACAGACUGGAGUAGUUAAUUUGAAUCAAACAACAAAUGAAUUGCGUCAUACUAUUGGAAAAGUCAAUCGAAAAGAAAUGGACCAUUUAGAUGAAAAUAAACCAUCCUUGGAAACAAUCAAUUCAUUAUCAUCAAAUAACAUUCAACGAAUUUCAGAUAUAAUAUUAAAAGAUAGAAAAGAUUCACUUAUUCCUCAACAAUUAGGAAUUGUUGACUGUGCCAGAGGAUCUGUAGUAUCAUGGUCCGGAGUUUCAAAUGUAUCAAAACCUAAACGUCCAUCAGUGUUCUCAUGCCCUGAAGCAGAAAUUGAAUCACCUAGAUCAAGUGUUAUAAAUCCAUCUCUUAAUGAAUUAGCUUCUAAUAAACGAACUCGACCAGGAGCAGUGGUCACUUCGUCUAGAAGAUCAAAACGACGAUCGAGUAACACAGCAGCUGCUCAAGCAUUUGCAGUCGCAACAGCAGGCAGUGCUAAUCCUCUAGCUGCAGUCGGAAUUAUGGGUUUAGGACCAAAUCUUUUUCGUUCUAGUGGUUAUCGUUUCACUGCUGGUACAGCGACUUCUGUAGCUUCACAAACUGGUCUAAGAUCAGGCCUAAUUCCUCAUUCCAAUCCUUCUAUUGGUAACAUUACUAAUACCUCAAUUAUCAAUAAUGGUAGUAAUAAUAGUAGUAAUGUUAUGUCUACAGUUUUAAUAAAUCGUUCACAAGUUCAAAAUACUCCUAACUAUACUUAUCCACUAUCUCCUGGUAUUUCUAAUAAAGUAAUGUCACCAACAACCAUGGGAACAAGUGGAACAGUAGUAACAACAACAAUAAUAACCUCAUCAAUGGUAUCAACAACACCGACAGUAAAUACUACAUUUCGUUUAAAUUUAAAUAAGAGUGGACUGAAUCUAAUUACAACAUCAACACCGGGAACAAUAACAAAUACUAAUUCAAUAUCAAAUAACAAUACAUUUAAUUUUCAUUCGUAUAAUUUAACCAGUCCAACAUUAAUACAAUCAUCAUGUCUUGGUGUUGGAUCCAAUACAGGACAUUGUAUAAAUCAAGCAAAAAGAAAUACAAUGUUAGCGACAGCAUCAUGUUUACGUGUAUUGAAUGUUGUAAGACAUUGGAUAACUAAAUUUCCAGAUGAUUUUGAAAGUGAUCCAGUUUUAAAACGAGAAAUGCAAACUCUAUUAGAUACUUUAGUCACUUGUCCUCAUUUAAUGCCUAAUGAUCAAAAAGUAGUCAAUCAAUUAUUACUUCAAAUGAUUUCUGAUCAAUUAGUACAAGAUAGAAUUGAUCUUGAUAGUAUAUUAACACCAAGACAAAUUCCAUCAGAGAAAAAUUUUGAUCAACUAUCUGCAUUGGAUAUUUCAGAACAAUUAACUUUUCUAGAUUUUCAAAUAUUUCGGUCAAUACGUAGCGAGGAAUUACUUAAUCAAUCUUGGAUGAAAUUAGACAAAGAAGAGAAAGCUAAACAUGUACUGCUUGUUUGUAAACGAUUCAAUGAGGUUAGUCGCCUAGUUGUUUCUGAGAUUAUAUCACGAACAGAUUUAAAUGAUCGAGUUAUGUGUAUUGAUAAAUGGGUUGCUAUCGCUGAUAUUUGUCGAUGUAUGCAAAAUUACAAUGGUGUAUUACAAAUAUGUUCAGCAUUAGUCAAUAGUUCUGUAUAUCGACUUAAACGUACCUGGGAACGUGUUAGUAAACAAACAAAACAAUCAAUUGAUCGUUUACAAAUGCUUGUUGCAUCCGAUGGACGAUUUAAAUCAAUGCGUGAAGCUUUACAUAGAUGUGAUCCUCCUUGUAUUCCUUACCUUGGAAUGUAUUUAACCGAUUUAUCAUUUAUUGAAGAAGGUGCAUUGAAUAUUACAGAGAAUAAUUUGGUCAAUUUUUGUAAAAUGCGUAUGAUAGCUCAUGUGAUACGGGAAGUUCAACAGUAUCAUCAAACACCAUAUCUUAUAACGCAUAGACAAGAAGUUACUGAUUAUCUAUUAGAUCCAUCAAGAUUACUUGAUGAAGAACAAACUUAUCAAGCAUCAUUAAUUAUUGAACCAAGACAAUCGAUUAAUCGACAAUCUUUAUCAGGAUUUACAUAAUCAAUCAAUCAAUCAAUUAAUCAAUAAUUUUAUAUUGGAAUUAGAAAUCAAGAUAUUGAUUAUUUUCUAUAUUUAAAUAAUAAUUAAAGAAUUAAAUUGCCUUGUUGUCAAGUGUUUGUUUAUUUUUGUUUUCUUUCCAAACUAUAUUCAUUCUUUAUUGUUUUCUUUUGUACUUCUCUUUUAUAUCAUUUAAAUAUAUUGAAAGAAGAAAACAAAGGGGGUUCCUUAUUGGAAUUUAGUUACUAAGUCAAUAUAUUUGCAUUUAUAUGUGAUUGGAAAAUAAACAAACAAACAAACAAAAAAAGUGAUUUAUGUUUAUCAUUUUUUGAUUUCUUUAUUGAUUAAGGGUUUGUUUUGUUUUUGUUUUUGUUUAUUAUGUGUAAUCAUUAAUUGUGAUUUAUCAAUAUGAUCAUUGUACAUUCCAUAAUACACAUUUUUUUAUUUUAGGCAGUUUUCUUUUCUUUUUUUUCGUUGCUUUGGUUUCGGAUAUAAAUGUGAUUUUCAUUUGAAUUUUAGAAGAAGAAAGUUAACUAUUAUCUAUUACAUAAUAAUAGUAAUAGUUAGAACUAAUUAUCUUUGAUUGGUUUUUUUCGCUUUUUUUUUCUUUCAUUGUAUGUGUGCUCAUUAUAUCAUUUUGACUAUCAAUAUGAUCAAUCCACCCCUCUCUCUCUCUCCAUAUAUAUAUUUAUGUAUAAGUUUCUUUAGAUUAUUUCUUUUUAUCUGUUUCUAUGCAACAUUCCAUUAUUGUUUUUAAUUUGUUCAAAGAAAAGAAAUAAGAAAACAAAAUACUUUUUCUAUGAAUGAGAUGAUAAAUUCCUUAAAUUUGUUAUUGUUACUCUCGCUAUCAUUUUUUUUUUCAUAUUUGAUCAUUGAAAAAGCGCCAAUUUGAUGAACUUAUCUUUUAAAUCAAAUAUGCUGCAUUUUAUGUUGUUUUUGUUGUUGCUAUGCUUAUUUUUUUGUUGCUAUGCUUAUUUUUCUGUUGCUAUGUCUCUUUUCGUAUGUAUACAUAUAUGUAAUUGUAAACAUGUUUAAUAUUAAGCAUCAUAUUAAGUGUUAAACUAUUUUAUUUAUGUGUAAUUUUGUAACUUUGAUAAUUUACUACUAAUUGAAUUUAGUUUUAUGAUAGAAACAUACACAUAGAUGGUUCAUGUCAAAUUCUUAUUUGUUUGUCCGGCUGAUAUUCCAUUUUCUUUUCUUUUUCUUUUCUCAAGAAUAUGAUUUCACUUUUCGUCAGAGAUAUCAAAUAAUUUUUAUUAUUAUUGUGAUUAUAUAGACAGACAGACAGAUAGAUAGAUAGAUAUUUGAUUGUUUUAUUGAAUAGAGAAAAAUAUAGAGAGAGAAAAAUAAAAAAAGAAGAAAAAACAAAAAAACAAAAGAUAAUUUUCAUCUUAUUUUUAUGUUUCUAUAAAAGAGAUUUAAGAAAAAAAAUAUUAUUGAUUUUUAUAUCUUAUAUUAAUUGGUUGUUAUGGUUUUAUUCUUUCAUGUUUUUAAUGAUUUUAUUCAAUAAGCAUUGAACAAACAUUGAACAUUGAACAUUGAAUAAUAAACACAUAAAGAAUAUGCAUAUAUAUAUUGCUUUAUAUUAUAUUCAUUGUGAUUCAUUUCUUGUGAUGAAUGUGUAUUACAUGUAUUGAUUGCAUUUCUUUUUUGUUUUAUUUCUCUUUGUUUUGUUUUUCGUUUUGUUUUGUUCAAAAGUGUAUAUUACAUAAUAAUGAAGUAAAGAGAUGAAUCAGAUUUUU